UUCGGAGGUUCACAGUAUGUAUGGUUUUCAGUGUAGUGUUCCCUUGCUCAUCACAAAUUAAUAAAAAGAUCACACACUACAUAAUUGAUGUUGAUAAAAUUGAUUUAUUUUAAAUCAAAAAAAUAUUAACAUAAUAUUACUGUACUUAAAGAUAAUUAAAAUGUUUUUAAAAAUAAAAUUUUAUGUGCAAAAGUAAAGAGAAGUUUUUAAAAUGUUGCAUCACAUUGAUUUCACCAGUACACAUGAAUGGUAUAUGAUGAAGUAUAUGAAAGGUGAUGCUUUUGCUCUAGAGAUAUUACAUAAUUGGUAAGCCUCUUCAAUCAUAAUCAUUUGCACGAUUGUCUGCAACAGAUAUGAAUUCAAUGAAUGCUUUAUCUUCUUCAAAAUAUGUCCAUUUAUGAAGUUCUACUGGGAAUUUCUUUGGAGGAGUCAGUUUAAUCUGUCUGAUAGGAAACUACAAAACAAACAGCAAAAGUGAGAGGGGCAAUGUCAGUGCCAGGCUGCCUACCAGCACAAUUAGACAACAACAAAGAAACUCAUGGAUUUUUACCAGGAUUGUGGGCAUGCUUCUCCAGGAAAUUUGUGUACUAUAGGUUUUCUGGAAUGCCACUACCAGCAUUGAAAAAUAAUAGUGGCGUACGGGUGGAUAUAAACUGCCCGACAUUGUCAUGAGUUUAUUGAUAGAUGAACAAGAGGUAUAAAAUAGAAGGAACACAUCUCCUAUACAGACUUGCAGAAAUACUAAACACUGACUGGAGGGGUUGCAAUGCCCAGCCUCAUAUGCCUAUGGACAGAAAUUCUCCCAGGCAAAAAAGCAUUAAAAUACAAUGUUACUGUUACUAUGAUAAUAACUUUUAGCAUAAUAUUUAACAUAUUGUCUUAUUAAAAAUAUACAAUUAUGUUUUUGUGUAGUCGUACUGUAUUUUAUGAAUUAUGUUUGUAAAAACCUUUGUACUUUUACACCUUGGCAUUGGUGAUGUUCCAGGACACUGAAACAAAGUUCGGCUUGAUGCUGAAUUCUUCAAACGAGAAAUUCUGUGUCUCUUAUUAUUAGGUUUCCCUGGGGUAUCACCUUUACUGAAGUAUAUACCCGUUUUAUAGCAGUAUCAUAACUGUCAUUUCCAGUUUACUCUCGAGUUUACUCCAAAAUAGCCGAAUUCUAUAAUAAAAUGAAAAAAAUACAGUCAGUGCAGGUACAGUAAACAUAUAAAGCAUAUCUAACCUUAGAAAUUACAUUAAACUUAAAAUAUGUAGGAACAUAUAUGCAUAUGUUUCAAAAUUAUCAUGGAAAAUAGUGAUUUAGUACAAUAGUUUCCUUCGCGCCAUGAUGAUUAUCAGGAGGUCUAUUCCCGCCAUCGGCGAUAGAAUAUAGCGAAAGUACCCCAUUUUCGAACCGCGAUUACUUGUCGGUUUAGUGGAGCAAACUCAUGUUUUAAAGUAACAGUAGAAAGAAAAAAUCUUCCCGAAUUCGAUGACGUGUUUUGUUUUUAUUUUCCUCAAAAAAAAGUGAGUUUGCUUCUGCAUUAUAUCAAGGUCAUUUUAUUGGCGUGUCCACUGACCCGAGUCAAGCAUAAUUACAAUACGUAAUUAGCAUAAGUAAAAAGCAAUUCCUGUACCAAACAAGUCAAAAAUAGUUUAAUUAGGGUCUUAAAUAAUACAAAUAUAAAAACAUACCUUCGAAAAAACGAGAUAAACGGAGCCAAAAUCGCAAUGUAUUUCAACAACUUUUCGCCAAACGUUCGUUGAAAAUUGUAAUUGUGAAUAAUAAUAAGACGCAAUGCAUUGUGGGAAGACCCUCAUUCCUCCUCUGAUAGAAUAUAUAAUAGUCUUAUUUUCUAUUCUGUGAUAUGACGGCUGGCAGCUGCAAACGGGACACGUAAAAUAAAAUUAAAAAGAAACACAAAUUUAAUAAGUUUUGACGCUUUCAAAAUGUGGAAACAAUAUGAAAAAGACAUUAAAGCUCUUCCAGUUGUGGAAAGGUAACUUUUAAAGAAAUUUAAGUUUAGUUUUAGCGAGUUUUGAGAGGUCUUUUUGUCUGCGGUUUUUGGUGGCAAAAUAAUUACGUUAAUACGUCUUUGAAAAACGUAAUAUUCUUGCAGGUUUAUUGAAUGUGUACUUGUAAAAUAGAAAGACUGUAAUUUCAGUUUUUAAGUUGUAUUUUUUAAGCUAAUAAUGCAAGUUUGUUAGGGAUUUUGGCAAAUAUUGUGGCUUUGCAGAAUGUGUGUUUUAAUGUAUCAAAGAUGAAAUAUUUUACGUAAAUACAGUUUAAUACUUAAACUAAAUGGAAGAUCAAAUAGUAUAUUCAUGCAUUCAGGGCAUUAGCUGUGAAAAAGUACCUUGUAGUUUUAUCAGCUGUGUAUUUAGCAUUUGAUUUGGGUAAAAUAAAAAUAAAUAUUUUGCAAAAUAAGCCCCAGUUUGGAUAAAUAUGCCCUUGGCCAGUCUUGACUUUUAUAGCAGUCUCCCAUUUGUUUUGGUGAGCUACGAGGGAAUUCUGCUCAAUAUGAAUUUUUCAUGAUACAAAAAAUUCCUGUAGGAAUUAAUUUUAUAUAGGCAAAAUCCUAUGGAAUCCAAUAGGAAUUAUAAUAUGAGUUCCCAUACGUGCAAUUCCUAUUACAUUUUGUAUUGGAAUUCCCAUGCGAAAUUUUGGUCCAUUCCAAUAUGAAUAAUUACUUUUGUAAAGGCAGGAUCAAAUGGGGAUUAGAGUUAGAAGUCACGCAAACUUGGUUAGCUGUUCUUAAUACUUUUCAAAAACUAUCAUCGCUAAGUUGAAACGCAAUUGGAACACUCAUCAAACUAGAGCUUGAAAUGUCUAGAGCUUGAAACACCUCCUGUAACAAUUUGUGACUGCUAGCUCUCAUCGUCGUUUGAACGGGGCUUCACAAAAUAAGAACGACUUAUUGCAAAUGAAUCUUCUACUACAUUAGGUGUAAAUACAGUAGUCUUGCUUGUCAGACGUUCAAAACUAGUAUAGUACUGCAGCUUAAUUUAAGUCACUAUAAUUAUUCUUUAUAUGUAUUUUAAGGUAUCAUAUAUUGUCCAUCACUUGAGGCCAACAGAGGCCUGUUUCAAACAUUCCGCUUCUCAUGUACUGAACGCAUUAAAAACAAUAGAUAGUCAGCUGAAAUGCCUCAUUAUCUAUUGUUUCUAAUGCGCUCGGCACAUGAGAAGCACGAUGCUUGAAACAGGCCAGAAUCAUGUAGACACUCAUUUACAUCUAUUUGUCUAAAAUUUUACAUGUAAAGCUAAUUUUAAACAUCUUGAUGGGUUUUCACAGCAUUUGCAUGCAAUUGACCUGCUAACUUAGCAUAUGACAUUUACAUAAUGAAAAUAUGAUGUUUUCCACACUGUACAACACGUAUGUAUGCCAGGAUGUGUUAUAGUUAUAGGAUCCAUAGACGAUGCCUAUUCUGCUAUUGUAUAAACCAAAACUUGGAUGUUAAGGGAAUGAAGUUAUGUUAUGUUAUAAAGACAUGAGUUCAAUGUUAUGGGGAAUGCCUUAAUAUUUAUUAGUAUAAUUACAUAGGUGAUUAUUGAAAAUUCUCCAUGCUGAUUGGUUGUUUUUGCGGUGAUUAUGACGCGAUAAUCACCUGAGUGAUUUUCGAAAUGACAGCCGAAGCUGUUUUGUCAAUUAAACGAAGAAGAAAUGUGUAUUUUUUAUUUUUUUUCAAAUAAUCACCUAUGAAAUUAUACUAAAACAAUUAUUCACCUCAGGCUCGGUGAUUAUCGUGAAUAAAAACCUUGACCUUGUCUCGGUGUUUAUUCACCGAUAAUCACCUCGCCUUCGGCGAAUAAUUGUUAAACGAAAGAAGAUUAUAUACAAUUUUAGAGGAUCAGAAGGCCUAUAGUUGCAGGCCAGAGGGCCUAUAGUAAGUUGCAUUUUUCACAACUGCAUGCUCUUGGUAGGUCCACAAUUUCCAUCUACAUGGCCAUAGGAAGGGGGGCUGAGAGUGAGGGCCGAAGGCCCGAGGAAAUUUUUAAAUUUAGAGUCUCUGAAAUGCCAUUUCCUGGACUUUGGGUGAAGAUUUGACAGAAUUCUGAUGGUCAGAAAACAGCGUUUUAAUAUGUCAAAAUUUACAAUUUAGUAUACUAAAUGGGCGAAGGCAUAUUUAAUUAACUAUAUUUUGGAUAAGUUGCAGGAAAGUAUGGGUAAUAUCUUCAUUCUUUGUGGUUUUGCAUGGAUUACAUUAUAAAGGUCUGCAUGAUUUUGAAAAAAGAAUGAUCAUUAGCAAAUUACUGGGGGGCAGCCCCCCAGUUGCUACGGCCCUGAUCUACAAAUGCCCUUCAACUGUUCUAUCAAGCGUGAUGCCCAAAAAUCUCUUUAAAUAUUCAAAGACAUACAUUUGCCAAGUAAUAUCAUCUGCCUACAAGUAGAAGACAACAAGAGCUCAUUGCUGCUUAAUGAAUUAAUAAUUAACCCAUUGUUGGGGAGCAUAAAAUAUGGCACGCAAUUGCCCUGAUGUCUCAGUGAUACCUCUGCUGCUCACCUAUUUAUAUGCCCAAUACUGUUCCGUUUGCAAAGUAAGAUGCAUUAAGGAUUUAAGUUCCAAUUUAACCGGUUAGCAAAAGACAUGGACAUGUGGUCUUAAUACUUCAUAAUAGACAUUGCACAAUGAAGGAAAAUGAAGAUUAUGCCACAAAAUCUUGCCUGUAAAAUCAUCUUGCAUUGGACAGAGUAAAAUCGAUUAAGUCACUGCCGAAGAGAGAGCUCAAGAUGAACUACCGUAUUUACUCGAUUGAGCGCCGCCCCCGAAUGAGCGCCGCACUAAACAGUGUAAAUACUUCCCAUUGCCAAAAUGGAUACAUUUAGUGACAAAGACAUUUAAAAGUUGUUUAUUUUUUUGUUAAAAGUUCUUGUUAUAAUUCAAAAAUAAAAGAUUUUGUUAAAGAGCGCCGCCCCCGAUUGAGCGCCGCCCGCGAAUGAGCGCCGCAUUUGAAAGAAAAGGUUAGGCACAUAGGUCAGGGUGCAGAUCAUUAAUGAGGUAUGGACUAAUAGCGGUUGCUUAAAGCGCCAUUUGUAAGCUCACAGCCUACCUCGGUCUGCUCUAAUGUAACCAGUCACUGAAAACCCCUGAUAAGGGAGUGUGCUGAGUAAUAUAUGUAUGUAAUAUAUAUGUAUCUGAAGCUCUGAAAAUUUAAAGAGCGCCGCGGCGCUCAAACGAGUAAAUACGGUAUUCAUAUAUUAUGAUUCUAGAUUCAGCACGGACAAGCAGGUUCCUCAAUCGCUUCCUGCCAUUGCAAGCAUCGCUUACCGAGGUGGUCCACGAGUCAACGACUUGGAGAGCCGGAUCAAAGUGAGCGAACAAUCCAACAGAGUUCUUCUCGAAGAACUGAUGAAACUCCAACAAGACUUGAAACUCGCUUUGAGACAGAACGAAGAAAUGGUGCACAAAGAGCGACAAGAGAGGCUGGCAAUACAAGACAAAGUUGAAGCGGCCGAGGGCAUGUAUAACAGAGUAUCCAUGCAGUUGAUGCGUACCGAAGAGAAGGUCAACAUGGAGCAUACCACCCUUGCAAGUCUCCUCAACCAAUCGAAGGAGGUGGAACGCGCUCUUGCAGGCGGACAACAGCGCUCGAUGAUGAAAGGGGAACAGCUUGAUCGAUAUAUAAGCCGGUUUCGAGACGAGCUUUCGGAGUUGAGGCAGAUGAACGAACAGAUUCAGAGCUCGCUGAGAUUGGUCGGAGACGAUGUGAAGAAUCUUCAACACAGAUUUGAAAUGCAGAACUCCGAGUUUGAUAGUGCCAGUCAGGAAAUGAAACAGAAAGUGAAAAGAAUUGAGAACGAAAGCAUCGCUGCAGUAAGUUGAACUGUUUUACGUUGUCAUUUUUUUAAUAUUUCUAUGUUUUCAUCAUUGGUUAUUACUUUUAUAUAUAUAGGCUUAAGAUUAAGAUUAGCAUUUCUAUAGUGCAAAUUUCAUGUGGGUAUACAAAUGCACUUUACUGAGGUACAAUCAAGUAUUGCACUUCCCUAAUUACAUACUUAGCCUAGACUAUAUUUUAUCUUUACAACAAUUGUGAUUAGCCAUUUCCCAAUCGAGCAGAGGACUGGGUCUAGUCACUUGUUUGGAGGGACAAAAAAUAAACAAUAUGCCGAAUAUGGCAUCUAGGAUGUUUUCCUACAUUCCUAAAGUUAUUUGUGCAGCCUGAAACGCAACAAUUAUAAUAAGGGCACUUUUUAAUAUAUAUUUAGCUCGCUCACUAUAACUUGUUGUCCCUCCAAAUGUCCCUCGAAAUAUCAAUCAGACCCAGUCCUCUGCUUGAUUGAGAAAUAUGGCUAAUUGUGUUUAUCCUAACCCACCCUGUCAACUUUCCCCCUGUGGGAGGAAACCGGAGCACCCAGAGAAAAACCACACUUUUGGCAGAACGUUGACUGUUACUGAAAGACCCUCCCCCCACCGAAACCCCCUCCCCCCUACUGAAUCCCCCAGUUUGUUGGAAAUGAAUAUAUAACUUUAUUAAUUUACUAGAUGGAGAAUAUGCAACGAAGCAAGACAACUAGAGAUAGCUUGGAAGGAACAUCACAACUGAAGCAAAAUAUCGAGUCAAGGUUAGAGAAAUUUUAAAUUAAAUUAGUUUAAAAUUGAUUGCUUACACACUGUUAUAUAUUCACUGCGUAAGUAAAUCAGUAUGAACAGGCAGCAUUUUCAUAUUUAACCAAUCACGUGCGCUUAAUAUAUCCGAUUAACCAAUCACAUGCGUAAUAAGCCAGUGUGUGUUAGCGGUACUAGUGGAAGUGAAAUCUGAACCUCUCUCGAUAUGACCAUCCAGUUGUUUACUAAAAUUUCGAUAUUUCUCUAGGUUGUCAGAAAUCCGAGAUGCGGUAAACGACGUCAGAAGAAAAACUGAUAUGGAAGCAUCAGAACGCAGGGCUGCUGACCAACAAGCAGAAUUAAAGUUAGUAAAUGACGUUAACGGCAGCGAGAAGAGAAAGAUUUCACUGCAGGAGCACAUUAAUUUCAUACUUUAAAUUUAUUGAAACUUAAAAAUAUUCCCUACAUGAGUAAUAAGCCACCAGUUGUCUUAGUUAAGCCUCGUAAAUGAUUGUAUUCCUCGUAUAUCAGUCGUAUAAAAGUUAUUUUUUAUGUUCAAAAGGUUGGUCAAAAUGGAAAAUAGUUUACAUUAUCAACUAACUAUAGCAAACGCGCAAAGAAAAAAUUUUGAGAAAGAAAAAAUUUAUUUUGAACAUUUCACCUUGUAAAAAAACAAAAACCACCUCUUAAGCAUUCAGGUUUUUCAUCACGAAUUUGACGGUGUCGUACCUUUGAAAGUUGGUCAAAACUUGUUAAUGACUUAGCGACGUUCCUAAAUAGUUUCAUCAAUACCAAAGAGUUUCACAUAUUUUUUUGUUAACUUUUAUACAGCGUGGAGAAGGUGCAGGUUGCCGUACGUGAGUUAGAGACAAAGUAUCAGGAAGUGAGCCACACAGCAAGUUUAAACAUGCGAGAAAAAGACAACGUUCACGAAGUGGAGAAAAGUAAAAUGACCUACAAGAUGGCUGAACUCACUGAGGAAACGAACAAGAAAGCACUUCAGAGAGAAAUGCAGCUUAGAGAAGAAGCUCAGAUGAAAUUUGUUAUUCUUGAAAAGGUGAGUUGUGGAGAGGGUCGGGGGGGGGGAGAGACAAUGUGGUGAAUUGCCCCCUCCCCAAUAAUUUCUUGAAAUGCAGUUGAGAGAAGAAGCUCAGAUGAAAUUUGUUAUUCUUGAAAAAGGGAGUUUUGCUAUUUGAAAAAAGUGUUUUGCUAUUUGAAAAGGGUGUUUUGCUAUUCGAAAAGGGAGUUAUGCUAUUUGAAAAGGGUGUUCUGCUAUUUGAAAAGGGAGAUUUGCUAUUUGAAAAGGGAGUUUUGCUAUUUGAAAAGGGUGUUUUGCUAUUUCAAACAACCGACUCCAACGUUUCUUAGUGCCAUCAGUGCAAUCAUGUUUCAUGCCAAGACAUCUCAGACACAUGAUAUACCAACUAAAUUACGGUAUUGAAUACCUUGGACGUGGAAAGGUCAUGUGGUACCAGGAAAAAAUAAGUACGCAGAUAGCAAAAGUUCGGCGUACCUACGUGGUACGUGGUUGAAAACAAAGAAGUACCAGACAGUAAUAAUGGCGUACCUCCAGUACGUAAGUACGCGAAGUAUCGCACCCUGUAUAAAAUUCACUUCUCUUCUGUUUUACGCUCGCGUACAUUCAGCAUACUGCUAUGCAUUCAAAUUCCAACAAUAACUUCAUUGAAAAAAAAUUUCUAAACAACAAGCUUUCGUUGGUAAGGAUGGAACUACCUGAAAAAUAUAAGGAGAAUUUCGACGUUUCGAGCGAAGGCCCUUCGUCUGGAGUUACGUCGAAAUUCUCCUUAUAUAUUUUCAGGUAGUUGCAUAUACUGGCAAAGGCAGUUCAUGAUUUCUAAAGAUCUCGUUUUUUUAUACACCCUGUAGAAAUUAACGCAGGGUUCGUAGCGGUCUUUGAAAUCCUUGAAAGUCUUUAAAUUUGAAUGCAGGGCAUUAAGGCUUUGAAAAGUCUUUGAAUUGUGUGAAAAAGCGAAGAAAGUCUUUAAAUUAGUCUUUAAAUUCUUUAGUGAGUAUUUGAUUAUACAACUUCCUAGCUAAUAAAAUAGAUUGAUUGAAGCAUGAUUUUCGCAAAUAUGGACGAAAAAGUGUAUUUUAGGAUGUGAUUUGACGGGAUUAAUUACAGUACUUGGAAAAAGGGUGCUUAUAUACAUCGACAGCUGAUUGCUCUCAAAGGUCUUUGAAAAGUCUUUGACAAUAGGCAGAAAAAAUCUUUGAAAGUCUUUGAAUAUGUUUGGUCUUGGAGACUACGAACCCUGUAACGUUUGUGUUCAUCUAUAUUUAAAUCCAGAGAUUCCAUGAAGAGCAGACAUCCAGGUUAGCCUUUGAGAAAUCUGUCCGUCAUGAGAUGGAAAAAAUCCUUGACUCUGUGAAAAUGCAUUUGGCCGAAGAAUUGCAAAACAUGAGGCAAAAUGCUAAGGUAAGAUUUUGUAUUUUUAUUAAAUUUUAAAAACUUUUUCACAUCUCUAGCAUCACAUACAUGAUACGGUAUAGUCAAUAUAUAUUCUGUGACUUGGGAAUCAGAGAUCGCAACAGCUUUUGGCCAAUUGCUAUGAUCUCAAUGGUUUAUUGUACCUGUUCCUAUUCUCUGCUAAAUCUUAAAUCUUGGUCAUUUUCCACCAGACCUUCUUUGCAUUUUUCAGCUCUCUUCUUCUUAAGGUAGUUGACUUUGGAACGCAUUGAUCGUGUGUUGUAUUUUUGUGCUGUAGCUUUGUUAAAGUUUGUAACCCUGAUUCUAUUGUUUUACAAUGUCGUUAGACAGAUUUGGAUCGAGGACGCGGACGUCAAAGACGACGUGAAAAUGGCGUCGAAAUGGCGUGGCAUAUCCAUAUAUGGACACAACACGCCAUUUUCACGUCGUCUUUGACGUCCGCGUCCUCGAUCCAAAUCUGUCUAAUGUAAUGUGUGGGUAGGACUUAAUUUGGGACUCUAAAAUAAAAUAAAAUAAAAUAAAAUAAAAUAAAAUAAAAUAAAAUAAAAUAAAAUAAAAUAAAAUAAAAUAAAAUAAAAUAAAAUAAAAUAAAAUAAAAUAAAAUAGAGUUCUUUGUAUGUUUGCAUGGCGAUAAAAUAUAAUGGUUUUGUUUGUGGAAACACCACGUAAAUUUAUUACUGCAAAGCUUUCGAUCCGUAAGCCCGGAUCUUCAUAUUAUUAGCACUGAUGAAGAUCCGGGCUUACGGAUCGAAAGCUUUGCAGUAAUUAAUUUACGUGGUGUUUCCACAAACAAAACCAUUAAAAUAAAAUGAAAUGAAAUGAAAUAAAAUCUAACAAUCUAACCAACUAACGUGCAACCAAAUUAAAACUAAUCCAUUCACAUGCAGAGUGGACGCGACAGUUACCAGUCAAGCCACUUGCCAAUGUCCCCACGACACUCCCCCCGUGUGUCCUCCCGCAGACUGUCACUUGGUUCGCCCAGGUCUGGCUCACCUCGGGCUUCGACUCGAACCUCACCCCGAGAAGAAACUGUUCAGAUUGCGAAAGUUAACAGUGUCGAGGUACUUAAACUCAUUCUUUACUACCAACUAAACUACUAACUAAACUACUAACUAAAAAUAAAAUAAUCAUAAUUAAAUUUAAAGUUUAUGUCAAUCAGCAUGAUUUUGUAUCAGAUAUACAAACUCCUUCGCGCUCAUGAUUUCUUUUGUGUUUUCUUCAUGAAUUAUUAAUGAGUUUCACAAGUACUAAGUUAAAACAUGAGCAGCCGAUCUUUAUCUGGUAUACAAACUCGAGCCAAAGGCGAGAGUUUGUAUAUCAGAUAAAGAUCGGAUGCGAAUGUUUUAACGUGCUUAAAAAACGACCCAAUUUAUUAGCUCAUUGGUGAAGUAAUUUUAAAAAUAGACAUUGUCUAAUCCGAGAAAAUCAAAGCUGAAGUUUAUGUAAAUCAGGACAAAUCUUUAUCCGAUUUACAAACAUUGAUUAAACAUUAAUUUCUUUUGUAUUUUCUUCAUGAAUUAUUGAUGAGUUUCACAGUUAUACAUCUACAUCACUUGCGUAUAACACGGUAGAAAUUGAAACUUAUAUAUAACUUGAACCAUAAUUUACUGAUGGGUUAGGACUGGUAGAUAUAUACGCAGUUUUAGAUGCAUUGCAGUGCGGACUAACCUAACCAGCCGAAAUACAUCUUGCUAAUUUUAAAAAAAGAAUCGACUUUUUCCAUUGUCAGAGAAAAAUUGAUAAAUGUCCGACCAAUUUUUGUUCUGCCCUUCCAAAUACACAGCAAAAAACGCCAAGCCUGCAAUGUUGAUGAAAACAAGCUCGAACAAUAUUUUGUUGCCCGUAUUGUUCCUGGUUGUUAACAAAUUGUUCAGCAUUGACAUUGUCAGCCUGAACAAUGCUGAACAAUAUUGUUAACAACCAAGAACAAUAUGGGCAGCAGAGUAUUGUUCAGGCCUGUUUUCAACAACAUUGUUGCAGGCUGGGCGUUUUUUGCUGUGUAAAAUAAUGAUUUGCAGGCAUGGGCCAUAUAUAUAUAUGCAGAGCAAGCAUGAAAUAUGUGAAAAUUGUUUAUGAGAUAAUUAAAUUUCUCUUUCAGUUGACAAAGGUGCACGAGGAUCAAAGCCUUACAAAAAUGAACGAGUGUAUAACAUUAUUAGAACAUGAGAUCGAAGCAGGCAAGAAAGCGUUUGAAGAAGUGCUUCAUGCAGAGAUCGUCUCAAGACAAACUCAGAAUGAACAAACUUUGGAUAAAUGUAAUGAACUUCACGAGAAGUUGGCUGUUGCCGUGGCAACGUUACAACAGGCGAUCUCCGGUGUGACGUCACAGACACAGGAAGCCGUCGAACAAGUAAGGCUUGAUAAUGAAAAUUAAAACGUAAUGACCCAGUGUAGUUAGGAUUCUACAAUAAGCUGCUAUGGGUAGUGUUUGAAUUACCUGAAAAAAUAUCUCAAACGUGGAGGUCCAGUGUAGGUAGUAUUCUACAAUAAGCUGUCGUGGUUUGUGUCUGAACUACCUGAAAAAAUAUCUCAAACGUGUUGGUCCAGUGUAGGUAGUAUUCUACAAUAAGAUGCCUUGGUUUGUGUCAAGGCGGUGUUCCAGUGUAGAUAGUAUUUUACAAUAAGCUGAGACCAUGAUUAUAAUCUAGCUAUCUUAUUAUUAAUUGUACUUAAUAAAUAUUCAUUGUAUUUUUUUACAGGCAAGGAACGAAAUUUUCGCAAUGUUAGACGACUCCAAUAACUUGGGAGUUCGAGGUCUAGCUGACUUUGACAGCAGAUUAACGAACCUUAAUAAACACGUAGCCGAACUAGAGGAGGCUAUUGAGAGUCGCCCCCGGCCCCCAUCUACCCCUCCUGGUAAUAUCAUGGAGGGGGUCCCUCCCAGUGAGGACUACGAGAGGUUGAAUAGGAAAGUUGAUCGUGCUUAUAAAUGGCAAGAAGGAGCAGAGAAGACGUUGAGAGACAUGAAUACUAAAUUACAACCUCUACACGGCGAGGUAU